CUCCCUAAAAAUCUGAUGUCUUGGGUUCGCUUGAAUGAAGUGAUAUGCGUUUAUUUAUUUUUGGUGACUCUCUGGGAUCCCCUGAAGGAUAUGGACCAAAAUUCUGGUUUAGGAGCAACAGAGAAAGGAAGCAAGUCACACUCGUAUUAUUUAACAUCUAAAUUAAAGAAAGCCCACAUGACUCGACUUCAUCUGAGGUGGCAUUUGCGCCCAUCUGGCAGCUGGACAUUAGGAUAUGGCCAAUAAAGUCAUCAGCGGGAAAACAUCUCAUGCACAAGCACAAACCGUGGAAAGACAGCGGGUGUGACUCCGCCUUUUGAUCAAAGACCAUCCUCCUCCCUUUUGUCUUUUCUUCAGUUUGUUAACUUCUCCAGAGCCGCGUGGAUUCCGGGCGACCCGCUCAAACCUUUUGGCAGGCCUUCACUUCAUUCCGUGGGGUUCUGGGGCAUCCGGACCGACCGACCCACUAACAAACAGAGGAACUACUUCCCCCUCCUUUCGCAAGAAGCUGUGUUUCAUGGAGUCUUUGUGGAAAUCAUUUAUUGUCGUCAGAACAGCGAGGUCUGGAGCCAUAUCAGUGCAACAUCACAACAGAGUUACUACAUGAUGAACAGCCAGUCGAUGCAGACCCUCAUUGACCCAGUGUUUCGAAACAAGAUGCCAUUAUUCAAUGGGACCAUAGCAUCCACAGGCCUGUCAAAGCCACAAAAUAUGUCUGGUUUUCUGGGUAAGCAGCCAUUGCCAUACAGCGGGGCUUACUUUACUUAUGACCCCAGAGGAAAGGAUGGUGCAGGAUUAACUCCUCCUCGGAAUAACUCAAAGACCUCCCUGCUGGAUGGCAGAAGUCCUGUGAGUCACCUCUCUGGCACGGAGGGACGAAACCACAUAAUUUACAGGCAAGACAGCGGUUCUUCAGAGGAAGGCCAUUCUCUUUCCUCCACUCUGUGCCAUGCCCCAGUAAAACAGGGCUUUACAUUAUACACCAAAAGUCCUGGGGUAAAGAGCCCUACAGCUUCUACAUCAGUGACUGUUGGAAAACAAAAACCUGGAGGUGAGAAUUCAUCUCCACCAUCUGAAAGCCCUGUUUACUUAGCAAUUCCUAAACCUGUUUACAGACAUAGCUCCUGCUGUAAUGAAUUGGGUUGUGUAAUAGGACAACGAUACAGUGUGGAGCAUGGCUCUCCAAGGAUAUCGCACACUGUUUAUGAGCAUGAUUGGAUGCAAACUGAUGCUUGCUACACUGAAAGGCAGCCUAUUCAGAGGAAGGAACAAGACCUAGUGCUGCAUCCGAGAGGUUUACAGUUUGAGCCCAGUGCAGAACCACUGAAGAGGAUGACUGUAGAUGCAUACAGCCCAACUAGAGCAAUGACUUUUCCUUCUAUGAUUGACUCAAACUACAGCAGUUACUCAUGCGUCCCAACUCACACAUUGUUUGGCUCUUUAACUGAGCAGAGUCAGCGUUUACAGACUCCCCCCCGAGGGUAUCCUAGCCUAUAUCCCUCCCAUCCUACAUAUGAGCAUAUGACCUCAGAGGUUUAUCAGGAAUGUUCUCCCAUGUCCAAAUAUGGCCAGCUAACACAGCACCCGAUGUUCUACUACCCCCAGGCAAAUGUCGAGGUAGAAAACAGGACACAGUGUAAAGAUAUUAGUAGUAAGCAGAGAGAAGAUGGCUCUGUUAUUCUUAAACCCACAAUCUCAGCCCCCCGGGAGCAUUUCGUAGUACCUCACUCACUUCAUGGUGAAAUUCCUUUGCCUUUGCCUAGCACUGAAAUGUUGCCAAAUCAUUCCUUUAUUCAGGGUUUUGACUAUCCGUGUUACGCAGUCCCUAGAUUUUAUUUAAAUGCAGGCCCGACCAGGCCUUCCCUAAAAACACACCAUGCAUUGUCUAGUUUUCACUCGGAUUACAAAACCACUUCUCCAUCCAGCCAAUAUUUGGACCAUCCCAUGACCUCAGCAGCCAGUCUGCAUAAGACAAAAACCAGCCCAAGCUUGCAUGGUGACAAGUCACAUGUUUCUUCACCAUUUCUGUGUCUGGACCAAACCAGUCCCACCAGACGUUUAAGCCAACCUGGUGGUUCACCACCUAGUAUGCAAAUUAACAGAUUUUUCUCCCCACUCACCAGCCUACACGUAGACCGGCCCUUCCUGCCACCAGCUGGCUUGAACAUGGAUAGGCCCGUGGAAUAUUCCUCUUGUGAAGGCCAUGUUACAUGCCCGAAACAACCAAAAGGCCUUCCUGUUUCCCCAGAAGCAUGGCUACCCCCGUCACCCAGUCACAGCUCAGAUCACAUCCUCACAGCUGUAAGCAAUAGUGCCAAUGUGAAAAAAAAUAUUUAUUCCCCUGCUGCUGCAACAGGAAACAAACACAAUGGCACUGCAUCCAGUUCAGGCACUUCUGUUCUUAAACGGUGCCUGAAGAGAAGUGUUUCUCAUUCCUCUCCACCCAUCAAAAUAAAAGAAGAGGAUAGAGAUUUAUGUGACGUGACACUCAUUAAGAAACGACAAAAGGUGGAAAAGGAGAAGGCCCAAGUAGGAAAUAAAACCGACUCCCCUCCUAUGCCAGUCAUUGACAGUGUCUUCAGUCUGGCACCUCACCAAGCACACUGCCAAGCCUCUGGAACUAGAGGACCCCAGAAAACCAUCCCGUCAUCUGAACACCAUGAAGUCAAAACCAAGCCAGACAUCAGAGGAAAAAGGCCACAUCAAGAUGAACAACAGCCAGUUGUCUGUGGAAUUCCCAAAGAAACUUGUCCAAAAACUCCCACAGAGAAGCCUGUUGCAGAAAUCGCUGAACCCAAACCUAUUAAAGUGGAAAAAGUGGAUCCAUCAGACACAGAAAACACUUCAGAGACUUGUGUUAGUCAGAAGGACUACAGCAAAAUAGAAAUCAAAAAAGACCCCGAGGAGACUGGUUCAUCAGACAGCGGGCCCAUGCUGGUGAUAAAGACAUGUGAACCUGAUGAACUUGAAAGUAAACCUUCAGUAGCAGAUGAAAAUGAGACUUGGGAUGAGUCCAAACCUGCACAGAUUAAUUUAGUUUCUCAGGAUGAUGCAUGCAAACAGGUGGUCACCCUUGAACCCAAAUCAUUUACUUCUCCUCAACCACCUGAGAGCAAACAGAAUUUCAAAAACAUUCCUCCCCACUGUCUGAAACUUUCCACCUACAAAAUUGUUCUCCCUGAUACAAAGCAUUCUGUCCUGGCUCCACCUCCGGAGAAGCCACCAGCUCAGCUGUUGACUGAAUUUAUACCAAAGCUAGAGUUCCAAAUCCCAGUCCGCAAGCACUUUUAUGAGCUGCACCAUUUCCUCUGCAAACUGGUAUCCAAAGCUGUGUUAGCCUCCCCAGAGCAGGAGCUCAGAACCUGGUUGUCUCAGCUGGAAUUUACUGAACCUUCAUCUCUGUCAACCAAAGUCCAGAAAGUGUCGUGUUUGUUGGGGGUAAAAGCUAGGGCGGUGUGGCUCAAUGAGGAAAUGAAGUCGGCCCUCCAUAAGGUCCUCGAGAGGCUGAGAGAGUACACCACCCAGGAACGCUGUCCUUUUCCACAUGUCAUGCGGACAGGGGCGAUAUUCCUUCCUAUGCUGGUAGUGAAGGAGCUGCUGUUUCCAACGGUCCAGGGCAGCUUCAUCGACCAGGUCCUGCAGGAGCACAAAGUGGAACUGCGGCCCACCACGCUCUCUGAAGAGAAGAUCCUCAUCCAGCUUCAUAAACGAGCUUGCUCCUCCCGGCUUAGGAGACUUAUGUCUCUCAAACACCUGCCUGACAUCUACGCUGAUGUGGUCAACCUUUUCUAUUACAUCUCUGUCUGCAAACAUCUGGAAUCAACCUCACCUGAUGUCCAAAAGCAAGUCCAGGAUUAGAUGUGGAUGAUUCUGCUGACAGUGAAAGGGAUGGUGAGGAGACACGGGAGAUCAGCAGGACUCCUGUAUUUUCAAGCAUCGCUGCUUCCCCAGGCUCACUCUCAGAGUCACUCUCACAGAGACACCCAAAGGACCUGGAAACCAAAUCAUGUGCGAACAGAAAUAGAAAAAGCAGGGUAAAGAGCAGCUCAAGGUUCAUGUUUCUGGAUAACAGUUUGUCAGAUGAGGAAGAGGCAGAUGACACAGAAAAGAGUGUAAAAGGACUGAACCCAUCUAGUAAGCAAAACUGGAGUGCCCAUCAGUCUAAAGAGACAGAAAAAAGAGGGAGUAAUCACAUGGCUGCAGAGCAGGAUUCUUUACUUGCUCCACAAAGCACAUCUUCUGAGAAUUCAUGGACAUGUCCUUUAACCUUGGAUGAACUUUCCCCAUCUCCCAUUGACAGAAAAAUGGAGGAGUCCUCAAGUCCACAGCCUGCUGGUCAGCCCUCGGGUCCAGACAAAUCUCCAGUUAAAUCCAAGAAUUGUUCAGGCAUGAUUCUCAAAUUGAGGAGGAUGUUUAGUGAAGGUCUUAAAAGAAAAAAGGCCCACUACAAAGCAGUAUCUGACUCUGGGACAGUUACCGAUCCUUCCCUCUCACAGACUGAUAGGAAAGAAGAGACAAGUAGUGAGAAGGACCUUCACACGACAACACCCCAACUAACCCAUAGGUUGCAGAGAAUGGAAAGCUUUUCUCAUGCCUCAAGACCCCUCAAAAGCUCUUCUAAAGGAAAACGCAGAUCACUCUUAAAGAUCAAAUACUGUCCCUACCUGUCCGCCUGCCACAGCGCUGAACACAGAAGGCGAUGGGUCCUGCGUUCGGCUGUCCAAAGAGCUCGGCGGGCCAUGAGCUUCUACUACCCAGACUUGGUAGGAAAGAGAAUCUACCAUCUGUAUGAAGAAGUUGACAAAUCAGAAGUGUGGUACAGGGGAGAGGUGCUGGGUAUCCACGAGGCCCACACCAACCCUCUAAAGACUAUAUUUGAGGUCAGGUAUGACAGCGAGCCAGAGUGGAAAUACUACCUAGAGCUGCUAAUAGACUAUAAAAAAGGCUGGCUCAAAAUCGAUGACUAGUUGUUAUGCCAGAUUUGCUUUUGGUCACCUCGGAGCACCAAACUGUAGUUAGUAGUUACUUGCAAACAGGCUGAUAAUCCCUCAGUACCUGUCUACUGUCCUCAUGAAUGAAGUCAGACUGGAUUUUUUUUAUUUUUUGGAAAUGUCAGCUGCAGAUUUUAUCACUUGAGAGCAACACUGCAGUCUUCUUUAGGCAUGAACUAUAGUCCAUAUGCAUUAUCCUGUAGAUACUUUUUCAGCUACUUUUUUUUUGCUUUAUUCACCUAUUAGAAUGUGGUUAGGGGAAUGAAAUGUCCUGACUUUAUCGUGCUUAAUUUAAAAGACUGAAAAAUCAACAGACCCUUAGUUGUUUUUUUUUUAUAUAUAUAACUUGUAAGCAACUAUGAAGUCAUGUAUUUAUUGUUUAAUUCACCCUUGUCCACUUUUCUGGUUGUCAUUCUGAGUGAAGCUAGUGACUGGCCUCUUAAUUUUGCUGUUAGAAAACAAGUGAGCAAGUGUUAUGAAGACAGGGUUUCACUUUCAAACUGUGCAAGCCACAUGUACAUAAAUUUACAGAAAUAGUCCAUCUUGUAUUUCACUAUGGUAGACUUUGUGUUUCACUGUACCAAGCUUCUCAUGAGGACUUGUGUUCCCAUAUCAUAGUUUGUUUUUUUUAAUGAAUUUUAAAUUUUCACCUUUUUAAAAUAAAAUUGUAUAAUUUUUCUAGACUGCUGCAGACUGAACUGUUAAAACCUUAUUCUUACUGUUGUCUUAAAUGUUUGUAAUGAUUCCAUACUUCACGUUGUGCUUUUGAAAUAAUGUUUCCC